AGCAUCAGCUGUUGCAAUACAAAGAUGAGCUACUAGACGUAUUGUUCCGCAGAUGUGGGAAGCCCGACUGUGGCGAGAGGGUGGCGGCAGCGCCUGAAAGCCAAGAGAGGCUGAAAAAUGAGGAUUAUGGCGCUUUGAGGACUUGCUUUUGCGUUCACGUCUUAUCGGCCAGUGUGUCUCAGCUGCCACACGCAAGUCGCCUUUCCGCCUCUAUCGUCACCACCGCUGCUGCGGGGUAGCCAUGGCGACCAGUGCUGUGCCAAGUGACAACCUGCCAACGUACAAGCUCGUGGUGGUGGGAGACGGUGGCGUCGGAAAGAGCGCGCUCACCAUCCAGUUUUUCCAAAAGAUCUUCGUUCCAGAUUACGAUCCCACCAUUGAGGACUCUUAUCUCAAACACACCGAGAUUGACGGACAGUGGGCCAUACUGGACGUGCUGGACACAGCCGGCCAGGAGGAGUUCAGCGCCAUGAGGGAGCAGUACAUGAGAACGGGAGACGGCUUCCUCAUUGUCUUCUCUGUGACGGACAAGGCCAGCUUUGAACACGUUGACCGCUUCCAUCAGCUUAUACUACGGGUUAAAGACAGGGAAGCCUUUCCUAUGGUCCUGGUGGCAAACAAAGUGGACUUGGUCCAUUUGAGAAAGAUCACCACUGACCAGGGCCAAGAAAUGGCUGCAAAACAUAAUAUAACUUAUAUUGAAACCAGUGCCAAGGAUCCUCCAAUGAAUGUGGACAAGGCCUUUCACGAGCUGGUCCGUGUUAUAAGGCAACAAGUCCCAGAGAAGAACCAGAAGAAGAAGAAGAAGAUGAAAUGGAGGGCGGAACGUUCCACAGGUUCUCACAGGCUCCACUGUGUCAUUUUGUGACCUCCUUCGUCCUCGAGUCAUUCCCGCAUUACACACACACACGCGCGUGCACACACACACACACACAUUUUUGGAUGUCAGGGAACUCCUCAGCAGUCAGUGACUACUGGAGCACAAAAAGGGAGACGCUUUGGGUAGGAGCGUGUUUGGGUGGCUCUCCAGGAGGAGUCUUUCUCCCCUCCAUUGGGGCCCCUGGGAAAGAUUUUUAUCCCGCCCCUUUCCGUGUUAAUAUUGACCCAGAAGGACUGAUUUGGUGUCUUUUUUUAAAGCAGACUCUGUGGGGGCGGGGAAAUGAAAUCACAAAAAAGGGUUUUCCGGAGCACUUCACCCCCGCCACCCCUCCCUCCCCGCCAUCUCGCCAGGUAGAAGAGCACCCGUGUCGUCCGUGAACUGGUGUUCUCUCCGCAUAGUGGAAGACGGGGGGGAAAUGUGGCUUUGUGAUAUUUGAUGAGGGUCGAAGCGCGAGCGCCCUGUGGCCACAUGACCAGAGGUGGAACGCCGUGUUGAAGCGAGCGGAGGAGACGUGACACGAAGAGCACGUGCCAUGCUUGAGCAGUGAUCGUGUGUGUGUGUGUUCUUCUCAGCUGUGUUGUGAUUGUACAUGAAGGUCGCCGUGUGUGCGACUGAAGGGUUCACACGUCAAAAUGGCGUGUUCCCUUUAGAACUGCCACUGUACAGUAUACUCGCGCUGAACUGUUUCACACAUCCGUUGGAGUAUUGGGGUCACACUGGAAAUCAAAUAGUUCAAUGAGGACGAAACAACGCAAAUCUGAAUUUUGGAGAAGGAAAAAGUCACAUGGUCAACAGGUUAGCAUCAAUCAUUGUUUCUGAAACGUGGCGAAGAUUGAACAAAAGCAUACGCUUAGUCUUGUAAUAACACGACUGUAUUGUUGUGAAAUGUACAACUUUUUCUUGGAACAUUACAAAUGCAUUCCGGUAAAAUUAUAAAAAAAUGUUCCUGUUCAUUUUUCAAUAUGACUUCAGUGUGAGGAAAUUAAAUCUUUCGUAUUAUUACACAUUUAAGACUGUAAAAUUCAAACUUUCUUGUAAUAUUUCAUGUUUUUAGUACAACUUCAUUCCCAUAAAAAAUUGGACAUUUUCUCUUGGAAUAAUGUGACUGUAUUUUCAUAUAAUUUAAUUUUUUUUAAAAUUAAUAUUACACAUUUAUUCCCGUAAAAUUACAACCUUUUCCUGUAAUAUUUCGAGUUUUUUCCAAUUACUACAACUUUAUCCCCAUAAAAAUGAAAACUUUCUUGUAAUAUUUCAUGUUUUUAGUACAACUUCAUUCCCAUAAAAAAUUAGACAUUUUCUCUUGGAAUAAUGUGACUGUAUUUUCAUAUAAUUUAACUUUUUUUAAUUAAUAUUACACAUUUAUUCCGUAAAAUUACAACUUUUUCCUGUAAUAUUUCAAGUUUUUUCCAAUUAUUGCAACUUUAUCCUCAUAAAAAUGAAAACUUUCUUGUAAUAUGACCUUAUUCUCACAUUACCAUACACGUAAUAUGUAAUAUUGUAUUAAUAUUACAAAUUUAAGCCAGUAAAAUUACUUUACUUUACUAAAAUGGCUUUUUCUUGAAAUAUUUCAAGUUUUUUCCUAUUCUUCUUCUUCUUAUUAUUAUUAUUAUUAUAACUACUUUACUAAAAUUACUUUCUCUCGUAAUAUUUCAGGUUUUUUCCUACUAAUAUUACAACUUUAUUCCCAUAAAAUGAAUACUUUGUUGUAAUAUGACAGAAAAUUACACGUUUUUUGUAUUAAGAUGAUACAUUUAAGCCUGUAAAAUUAAAACUUUUUCUUGUAAUAUUACAAGGUUUUUUUCCCUCCCCAUUAUUACAACUUUAUUCCUAGAAAAUUGAAACUUUUUCUUGUAAUAAAGUGACUUUAUUCUCGUAGAAUUGCAUGGUUUUUAUGCAUUAAUAAUGACACAUUUUAUCCCUGUAAAAAAAACCUUUUUUGUAAUAUUUUUGUAAGUUUUUUCUUGUAAAAUGACUUGUGUAUUAAUAUUACACAUUUAUCCCCUUAAUUUUUUUGUGAAAUUAUCUCCCAUCAAAUUAAAACUUUUUUUUUAAAUUAAAUAUUAUGACUUUAUUCCUGUUAAAAAAAAACAAAAAACAAAAACGGUGAAUAUCUAACUUUAUUCUUGUGUUUAGGACUCUUGCAAAUCUUUGAUUGUGUCCGUUUAGUAUUGUUGUUUUGUCGUUUUCGCUGUGGCCCUAAUACUCCAUCGUUUUUUGGGUCAUUUUUUAAUGUUUAUUUUCAAAAGAAAAUUCCCAAUUGCUUUAUUUAGUGUUUUCUAGCUGUGAAGGCAAGGUGUCGAUAUGAGCAUGUGCCACUAGGUGGCAGUGUAAACCAGUUGUAAUGCUGCGCUGGGUGCUACAGUCUACACAGGCUUCAAAUGCCAACAUGGACAUUUUGACUCUGUUUUCUCGUACGUGGGAGCUUUGCGGACGGCACCCGUGAAUUCAGGUCGACGUCGUAAGACCAAUCAGUACAAGGGACAGCACACAUUCAAAUUGGAGCCUACCUCCGUGACGCAAUACGACAAUGGGACAUUUCGGGGGAGGUGCGUGGGAAUGUAGAACUGAAUAACCGAUGAAAUGGCUCGUACUGUUAACGCACUAAAACAAUUUUUGUCUGAAUGGGAUUCUGUCUAUCAAAAGAAAAACACAUUUGCACUUUUUAAUGCGACGUCGGGACUUUCCUAUCGAGGCAUGUGGUUUACUUUUCCAGUCUGUCAGAGAAAACACAAAAGGCACGCUCCGAACGCUUUUGAAUGUAAAGUCAAGAAGGAAAACCAAGCAGCAAAAAAAGUGAUGUAGUGUUGUAGACGAGUGUGUGUGUGUGUGUGUGUGUGGGGGUGCUUGUUGUAUUACUGAGAACUUGCAACGAGACCAAAAUUGUUGUUUAGGUAUUAAAAGAAGCCGAUAGCGAACGGCACACAAAUUCACCUCAGCAUGAAAGUGAAAAAGGCCAACCUCAGCAAAGGAAAAGGAAGGAAUGAUUAAAAGAGUUAAAGGGAAGUACACCGUGUACCCAUUUUCAAAAAUGAAUGUCUCACGUUGCGUUGUGUGAGUUUGAUACCAUUUUGUAUUAUUGAUAUGAAAGUGUCUUUUUAAAACAAUAAUUUAUUCAUGGACGUUACCUCAGCGUGUCCCAGACCUGGACAAAAAAAAAAAAAAAUCUAUACCGUACAUCCCCGACCAUUUUCUUCUUUUACGGGGACUUAAGACGGCUUCUAGGCCUUUCUUUGCCUUUUGAGCUCAAGCAUGACGAGACGUGAGGACACAUGUGGACCAAGUUGGACUUCAGUCAUUGCGAGGAUGGCCGUGUUUGUUAUCAAUGCAUUUUGAAUGAAAGCAAAGCAAUUAGGCGGGGAUCUACUGGAUUUGUCUUGACGCCAGCUAAAUGAAGAUCAGUUCAGCACGUCUGUGUGAGCUAGCAGAUGGUUAGCUUAGCCUAGCAGAAAAAGCUACAAAUGGAUGUGUCUGUUGAAAUGACGAAAACACCAAAGUAACUUAUGGCCUUCAUGCGGAGGUGUUGAAAAUCGGCCCGUAUCUAGUACUGUGUUUUACUGGACCUCUUUUUCAAAUUCAAUUCAUGCAUUAGAUAUCCUUUAACACAAAUAUCGAUGUUUUCGUCAGACCGCUUAGUAUAUUUUAAUGUACAUUGGAAGGUUUUUGGCACCUUUAAAUGUUAUGCAAUGCUAAAAAAAAUGUACCCUUGUGCUUAAAAAAACGGAUUCAAGGCCUUAUGCUGUGUUCAAAAAAAUCUUAGCCCAAUGCUGUGCCAAGCAGCUGUUUUUAGCCUUAGGCUAUGUUAAAAAAAAAAUCUAAGCCUAAUGCUAACAGUUUAUUGCCCUUAUGCUAUGUUUAAAAAAAAAAAAUCGUAAUGCUACGCUUAAAAACCGCUUCUAGGCCUUAUACUAUGUUUAAAAAAAAAAUAUUAGCCUAAUGCUAAAAACUGUUAAAAAUAAAAAAAUCCUAGCGUAAUGCAACGCCAAGCACUGUUUUUUAGCCCUUAUGCUUUGUUUGAAAAAAAAAACAAAACUUAGCCUAAUGCUAAUUGUUUCUUGCCCUUACGCGAUGUUAAAAAAUAUAAAAUAUCUUAGCCGAAUGCUAAGCUUAAAAACUGUUUCUAGGCCUUAUGCUAUGUUCCAAAAAAAAUCUUAGCCUAAUGCUAACAGGUUCUUGUCCUGAUGAUGUGUUCAAAAAUUCUUUGUCUAAUAUCAUGCAGAGCACCUAUUUUUAGCCUUAAAGAAAAACUGCACUUUUUAAAAAAUGUUGCCCAUCAUCCACAAUCCUUAUGUGAGACAUGAACACAUAUGUCAUUCUCUUUUCUGUGUGUUUUAAAGACAUAAAAACAACCAGCUCAUUGCUGCACGUGUGGGACACACUUAAUCCUCCUAUAGUCGUCUGAAAAAGUCUCCAAAAAGCGCCAACAAUGCUCCAUUUACAUAUCAUGUGACGUGCAUAUUAAACAAGCCACAGUGACCUUGUUAUUAUUAUUAUUAUUAUUAUUAUUAUUAACAUUAUUACGCCGAGCAAACUACAUUACUGCCGUAUUAACACUUAGCCAUACCACAACGGCUAGCUACUAGCUUCACCACAGACUCGCCCGUAGCGCGUCAGCGUCGUAAGGCUACAUAUUCAAGAUGCCACCACUGCUGCUGUGUUUUUAUUUCUGAGUUUGGAAAAGUUUACGCUAGGUGUAGGCGUUCGCUUCUACGACGUUGCUGUGUGGAAUCAAUGCACUGAGCAGGGAAGCUUCGGUAAUGCUUACAAUGGCCAAAAUACGCAAAAUACUGCAAGUAUGACAUGUUAUCAUGAAUGUACCUUUACUACGUGGCCACAGCAUGGAUGUAAAACCAUGUUGGAGGUGUUUGGAGGUGGUUUAAUAGCAGUCUUUGUAGACGGCAUAUCCCAUUACAUGCACUACUGAGCUGACUGUUUAUAUCUUUAAAACACACAGAAAAGAGAAAGCCAUAUGUGUUCAUGUCUCACGUAAGGAUUGUGGAUGAUGGGCAAAGUUACAAAAAAAAAGUACAGUUUUCCUUUUAAUGCUGUGUUAAAAGAACCUUAGCCUAAUGCCAACAACUGUUUUUGCCCUUAUGCUAUGUUAAAAAAAAAUGUAAUCUCAUGCCAAGCUUAAAAAUAGUUUCUAGGCUUCAUGCUAUGUUAAAAGAAACAUUUAAGCCUAAUGUUAGCCAGUUUCUUACCUUGAUGCUGUGUUCAAAAAUCCUUGCCAAGCACCUGUUUUUAGGCCUAAUGCUAUGUUUAAAAAAAUCUGUUGUUUAAAAAUCUUUUUCUAAUGUUGUUUCUUGACCUUCUGCUAUGCUAAAAAAAUAUUUGCCUAAUGUGAUGUCAAGCACCAGUUUUUAGCCCUUAUGAUAAAAGAACCUUAGGUUAAUGCUAACAACUGUUUCUUGCCCUUAUGCUAUGUUACAUUUUUUUUUUUUAGCUAAAUGCGAUACCAUACACCAGUUUUUAUCCCUUAUGCUAUGUUAAAAAUAUCUUAGCCUAAUGCUAACCUUAAAACCGGGUUAGCUAAAUGCGAUACCAUACGCCAGUUUUUAUCCCUUAUGCUUUGUUAAAAAAAAUCUUAGCCUAUUGCUGUUUCUUGCCCUGAUGUUUAAAAAAAAAUAAUCUCAGCCUAAUAUAAUGCCAAGCAACUGUUUUUAGCCCUGCUAUAUUAAGAAAAAACUGAGCCUAAUGCUAACAACUGUAUCAUGCCUAUAUGCUAACAAAAUGUUAGCCUAAUGCUAUACGUCAAGCAACUGUUUCUAAGCCUUACAUUAAGCGAUUAGCGUUUGUUUUAUGAUUUUAAAAAAAGUACCCGUUUUUGCCCCUAUUCUGAACUAAACUAAUGUUUCUAGCUCUAAUGCAACAGUUUCUUGCCCUUACGUUAAUGCUAAAUGCGCUAAUGCCAUGCUAACAAACAAAAUGCUAUUCUCUUAUGCUAGGCUGAGCUACUAUCUUAGCUGCACAGACAAGAUGCUGUCCAACGACUCCGUUGAGAAGACCAAACUAAUGUAUCAACUGGGUGUUCUAUUCAUAUCGAUAUUUUUUUUUUUUAAAGGAGUUAACUGUUCGAUGAAUAUCUGAUACAAGGAGAAACACGCUGAUGUUUGUUUUGAACCGCUGAAAGUGAAUAAAGUGUUGUUAAACCCUGAACGUUAAUGUGAGCUAAACUGAGCACUUUUCUUUUCACACGUUUUUCUUUUUGUUGUUGUUGUUUUGUUUUGUUUUUAAAAGGCCAUUGUAAUGUUUUAGAUUUGCAUUGUUUAAACAAAGAAAAAGAUACACUCGUGGUUAAAUGUGUUUGUUGUCUUGUAUCUGAGGAGCUAGCGGAGGUGCAAACUGUGCCUUUUUACCUAGCCUCAGGGGGCCAGCAAAGAAAUAAAAGUCAUUUAAAAAACAA